AUGGCAGGAGUGAUAGAUCUGCUAGAAGCGCUGGAGGACUUAGGAGAUGGAGAAUUCAAGAAGUUUAAGUGGUACCUGCAGCAGGGAGAGUUUCUGAAGACCAUCCCAUCGAUCCCAAAGAGCCAGCUGGAGAAGUCAGACCGCCCGGACACCGUGGACCUGAUGGUGCAAACCUACAGUCGUCAGUGUGUGGAGGUGGCCAGGAGGGUUUUACAGCGGAUGAAGAGGAACGAUCUGGUGGAGAGGCUGUCCAACGCUGCAUCGCAGUCUGCAGGUCAGGCUGUUCCUGCGCAGACCUGCAGAACGAGCACGCCGACGUGUGGCGGAGCAGAAAAUCACGCCGCAGAACCAGCUGGAGAACAGCAGCUCUGCUCUGCUGAGCCACGCCCACCCCAGCAGCCCGAUGAACCAGUCGCUGCCAAAUCUGGAGCCGCUGAAGCUUCAAUCGACUCAUCAACAAACCACGUGUGCUCUGCUGACUCAGCGGAAAUCAGAGGCGGUGGAGAGAAAGAAGCAGAUUCAUUUAUUCACCCCCCCGACAUCCCAGCCAUCAGAAGACAGCCUGAAGAUUAUAAGAAGUCAGCUCUGCCUGGUCGGCCCACCACAUCAGAACCGGCUGCUCUGCAGUCCAUCCUGCAGAACGCGUUCAGCUCCGUGACGGAGGGCUGGUUGGAGAAGCACCGCGGUGAGGCGUUCUGCUUCGUGGAUCCAGAGCUGUUCAUCAGCGAGGAGCGGGCUCAGCAGGAGGAACCGGCCCCAGAACCGGCCCCAGAACCGGCCAGACCCGUGACGGUCAGCACCGUGUUCCAGCAUCUUUCCAGACGAGGCCAGUCCAGCAGCACUGUGGUGACCAAAGGGCGAGCCGGCGUGGGCAAAUCCUUCCUCGUCCAGCGGUUCGUGUCGGACUGGGCCGAGAAACGAGCGGGCCAAGAGUUUCACCUGCUUUUCCCUUUUGACGCUCGGCAGCUGUGUCUGUGGAGAGGAGAGAGGUUCAGCUUGGCGGAGCUAAUCCACGCGUGUGUUCCUGCAAUGGCGUCCAGCGGCAUCACGGAGGAGACGCUUCAGAAAAUCUUCACCGACUCGCAGAACGCCAGAGAACCCAGCUUUGACCAGAGCGAAUUCAAACUUCUGUUCGUCAUCGACGGUCUGGAUCAGAACCUCCUGGAACUGGACUUCAUCAGCAGGACAAACGAACCAGAUGUCAGAAAGCCGACCAGAGUGGAGAAGCUUCUGGCCCAUCUGGUCACCAGGAAACUGCUUCCCUCCGCGCGCCUCUGGAUAACCACCCGGCCCGACGCAGCCAAUCAGAUCCCUCCUGAGAGCGUGGACCUGGUGACGGAGCUGAGAGGCUUCACCGACCCGCAGAAGGAGGACUACUUCAGGAGGAGGUUCAGAGACGAGGAGCGGGCCAGGAGGAUCAUCUCCCACAUGAAGACGUCACCAAGCCUCCACAUCAUGUGCCACAUGCCGGCCUUCUGCUGGAUCACUGCUGCGGUUCUGGAGGACGUGUUGGAGCGCAGAGAGGGAGGAGAGCUGCCCUCAGCCCUGACCCAGAUGUACGCAGAGUUCCUGGUCAUGCAGCUCAACCACACAAAGACAAAGUAUGUUCCUGAGAAGUGCCUCCAGUGCAUCAGGUCUCUGGCCAAACUGGCUUUUCAGCAGCUGCUCAGGGACAAGGCGGUGUUCUCCGAGGAGGACGUACGCGGCAGCGGCCUCGAGGCGAGAGCUGCGUCCAUGUGCUCCGAGUGGUUCCCCGAGAUCUUCAAGACGUUCUCUGGAAAGACGCCAGACAAUUACCAGAAAAAGGUGUUCUGCUUUACUCAGUCCAGGAUCCAGAUGUUUCUCGCUGCUCUUCACGUGAUUUCUUCACUGCUCUCGCGCAACAGAAACGUGAUGGCAGGAGGGAGGUGGCUCCUCUGUCUCAGCAGAACCUCUGCAAGAAAGGUGCAGAAAACAGCCCUGAGAAGAGCCCUGAAAGAUCCCGACGGAAAGCUGGACUUGUUCCUGCGAUUCAUCAUGGGUCUUUCUCUGCAGCAAAACCAGGUUCUCCUACAAGACCUGCUGACACCAGCAGAAAGCACAUCAUGCUCCAACUGGAAAACAAGUCGAUACAUCAAGAGAAAGAUGAGUGAGAGCACCUCGCCGGACAGAAUCAUUUUUAUGUUGCACUGCCUGAAUGAGCUGAGGGACGACUCGGUCGUGGAGGAGGUCCAGCUGGCUCUGAGGUCAGGACGUCUCUCCACAGACAAACUGUCUGCGGCUCACUGGUCCAGUCUGGUCUUCAUCUUACUGUCGUCAGAGAAACAUCUGGACGUGUUUGACCUGAGGAAGUACUCUGCUUCAGAGGAGGUUCUGCUGCAGCUUCUGCCUGUUCUGAAGGCCUCCAGCAAAGCUCUGUUAACAGGUUGCAAAUUAUCAGAGCGAUCCCUUGAAGUCCUUUCUCUGGUUCUGAGCUCGCACUCCGAUCUGAAAGAACUGGACCUCAGUGAGAACGACCUGCAGGACUCAGGAGUGAAGCUGCUCUCUGUCGGCCUGCAGAGUCCAAACUGUAAACUAGAGCGUCUCAGGAUGUCUGGCUGUUUGAUCACAGAGAUUGGUUGUGAUUUUCUGGUCUCGGCUCUGAACAACAACCCCUCCCAUCUCAAGGAACUUGACCUGAGCUACAACCAUCCAGGAGACUCAGGGACGAAGCAGUUAGCCGCUAGACUGGAAGAUCCACUCUGGAGGCUAGAGACUCUCAGGUUGGACCACUGUGGAAAGCUGAUGCUACAACCUGGAAUCAGGAAAUAUGCCUGUGAACUUGAGCUGGACUCAAACACAGCAAACACGAGCCUCAGACUGUCCAAGAGAAGGCAGAAAGUGUCAGCUUCAGACUACCAGCCGUAUCCGGAUCACAUCGAUAGAUUUGAUUUCUGGCCCCAGGUGCUGUGUAAAAAUGCUCUGACUGAUCGCUGUUACUGGGAGGUGAAAUGGAGAGGACUGGUCAACAUAGCUGUCAGUUACUGGGGAAUUGACCGAAAAGCACGCAGUACUGAAUCCUGUUUUGGGCAAAACAAUAAGUCCUGGACUCUGAAUUGCUUCCUUUCCAAUUUUGUCGUCAUUCACAACAAAGAGUGUAAAGAAAUAUCUCCCCCCUGCUUCUUUAACAGAGUAGGGGUGUAUGUGGACUGUCCUGCUGGCAUUCUGUCCUUCUACGUUGUGUCCUCUGACACACUGAUCCACCUCCACACCUUCAACACCACAUUCACCGAACCUGUUUAUGCUGGAUUUGGAUGUAAUUCACAUUUGGGAUUAGAUAAUGUUUUACCUUUUAACUCUGCAGUGACUGUCUGCCCACUUUUAGAAGAUGAGUUUGAAACGCCUGCCACUAAGUAAGCAGCAGUUAGGAAAUAUGUUGUUUCUACUCAUAGUAAAAUUAGAAUUAACCUCUGAAUAUGUCUGGGUAUUUUACUACCUGAUAAACAGGAGGUUUAAUACAAUUUAAAAAACAAAUAUUUUAACUAGAAAUGUCCGAACAGUUUCACAUAAAUAAUUUGUAUCUGGAUCUGGAUUUUCUAAGUGAGAGUUAACACUUCCGCUGGGUCAGGUGUGGCAGCGGAGCUGGGGGAGGGAGACUACUUAAGAGCUGAAAAGAGACAAGAAACCCAGCGGACAAUCUGGAACAGAUGUCUCAGCAAAAUAAUAUCUAAAUAAACAAAAACACAAGAAUAGAGUAGAAAAGUAAUACACAAGACAUGUACUAAAAUGAUAACAAAAGAGAAAUGACCUUCAUCCUAAAUGUAGGACCAGACUUUUAAAAACCAGCUUUGAUCCGACUGCUGGUACCGAACUAAACAAGGUUAAAUUAAACAGCUGCUCUCGUCGGCUUUAUUGGCUUAAACAGAUUUAUUAAGUCUAGAUAGUUUUAGUGUCAUGAUUUUAACCAGUUCUUAUAAUUGUUAUUUCUCAUAUACUUUUCCUUCUUUAAAGUCCUGCUUGCUUCUUUUGUGUCCUUUGAUUUGAUUUGUGAAGCCUGGAGCACGUUGGGCACUAUUAUAUUAAAAUAAUAUGGUUCUGGUUGUGUUAAGAUAUUUGAAUAACUGUGGGAAUGUUUGAAUCACUGCUAAACAAAUCUACCUACGGAUAUCAAUGCGAUAAUCUUGAACAUAUAUCUGGAUCUUUUUGUACAGAAUAAGCAGGAGUGUGAUUUGUUAAUAUUUGUCAAUGUUUUAAUUAAAAAGUUCUGAAUUUUUA